UUUGGAGGCUGAAACGGUGGGAAACCUGCGUGAAUUUUCCUAGACGAACGAACAAACAAGCGUAAAGGGUCCCAAAUCAUUUUUCAAAUAAUUUCUUCAACUUUCCCUUUUGCUUCCCUGAAUCAAAAACCCCCCCUUUUACCACUACCCACAAGAUAGAUCUUCCGAAUUCCAUCUCUCCAGCCAAAUAUGGGGGCAUUCUGGAGCAGCCCCAGAAGAAACAACUAUCAUAAUCCUCCUCAGUCCAGACAUUCUCAACUUAUCUCUUCUUCUCCUUCUCCCUCUCCUUCUCCAUACCCUUAUCUUCCUUCUUCUUCUUCUGCCGAAUCCUAUCCUAAUCCCACCUCUUCUUACCUUACACCACAAAUCCCCCCACCUCUAAUCCCUACCCAUCCUCCUCAGCCGCCACUCUACACGCCCUACUACUACUCCGGUUUGCAUGGUGUCUGCAAUUAUGGAAAUUCAAUGGUGGGUCGUUCCACUUACGCCCCUUAUUAUCCUUAUCAGAACAACAAUGGUUGGGCUGGAUAUCGGCCUCCACUGAUGAUGGGUCCGCAGCUUGCUCCCCCUCAACUUCCUCCUCCUUAUGUGGAUCAUCAACAGACCAAAAACAUUAGAAACAAUGUUAAUGUGCAUAAGCAUACUGUAAAGCUUGAUGUUGAUGAACAAUACCCUGAUCAUCAUUUGGUAUCAUUUGUUUUUGAUGCCUUAUACGAUGGAAGUUUUACCAUAUUCUACUUUGCCAAGAUCGAGCAAAACUGUAGAUUUGUCCCAGAAUUUCCAGAUGCCUUCCAACCUGUGAAGGUCCCAUUUCUGAAAGGUCCAAACCAGAGAUUUUAUCAACCUUCUGGAACUGGCAUUGAUUUGGGUUUCUUUGCAUUAGAAGAUCUUUCCAAACCAUCUCCAGAGGAAGACGUUUUCCCACUGGUAAUAUCUGCUGAAACAUGUGUGCCUUUAUUUUCCAUGGAAGCAAAUCCUAGUGCUGAACCUCCCACUGUUUCAUCACCCCACAUGCAAAUAACUCAAGCAAUUAUAGAGAAGAGAAAUGCGGACCCUUUUCAAGUUAGAGUCGUCAAGCAGAUAUUAUGGACUGACGGAGUUCAGUAUGAGCUGCGUGAGAUUUAUGGGAUCGGAAAUGCUGCUGAAGGUUUCAAGGAUGAUGAUCCAGGGAAGGAUUGUGUGAUUUGCAUGACUGAACUAAAGGAUACAGCUGUUCUUCCUUGUCGACAUAUGUGCAUGUGCGGUGAGUGCGCAAAAGCAUUGAGACUUCAGUCAAACAAGUGUCCAAUUUGUCGUCAGCCAAUUGAGGAGCUCAUAGAGAUAAAAGUCAAUAAUACAGGCCAAUGAUUCUCCACACCGGUAACUGGAUUAUCAAAUGUAUGUUGUAUUCUUUCUUUUGCUAAUACAGUCAUCAUGCAGAUGCUCACUAAUGUGGUAUAAUACUUGUAUGGCUCCAUUUGACUUUUUUUCAUACCUUCAUUACAUGAUUGAAUGUACAUAAUUCUAUAGUAGUCUCUCUUACUUGAGAACUAAAGUUUCGUUUGCACAUUUGGCUGAUUAUGGAAAAAUUAUUCCUUGUUAAAAUCU